AUGUUGGAACUUUUAGCAUCAUAUAAUGAACAAAUAGGUGCUCUUGUUUUGGAUAAUGCUCCACAAAAUGCUAAAUACACCUCGCAUCAAAUUCAAAAGGAAAUUUUACAUGUCUUUGUUAGAAAUGUUCAGUCUUCAAUUCGUCAUGAGAUUGAUGAUGCAAAAUUCUGCUUAAUUGUUGAUGAAGCUCGAGAUGAAUCUAGAAGAGAGCAAAUGGCCCUUGUUAUUAGGUUUGUUGAUAGAAGUGGAUUUAUACAAAAACGAUUUUUGGAUAUAAUUCAUGUCAAAUACACAACUGCUUCAACUCUUAAGAAAGAGAUUUCCUUUGUUUUAUCUCAUCACAAUCUUGAUGUUCAAAAUAUUAGAGGCCAAGGGUAUGAUGGUGCUAGUAAUAUGCGUGGAGAGUGGAAUGGAUUGCAAGCUUUAUUCAUUAAUAAUUGCCCUUAUGCAUAUUAUGUACAUUGCUUAGCUCAUCAAUUACAAUUGGCUCUUAUUGUUGCAGCUAGAGAAAUUUCUGAUGUUCACACUUUUUUUCAGAACUUGAUUUUUAUUAUUAACAUUGUUAGUGCUUCUUGCAAGCGUAAUGAUGAAUUACGGGCUUUUCAAGCAGCUACAAUUAAACAUUUAAUUGAUAUUGGUGAGAUUGAAAUGGGUAAAGGAGUUAAUCAAGUAGGUGGUUUGCAACGACCUGGAGAUAACAGAUGGAGUUCGCACUUCAAAUCCAUUUGUAGUUUGAUAAAAAUAUAUGGGGCAACUUGCUUGGUUCUUGAAAACAUCUCUUUAGAUGGAUCUACAUAUUCUCAACGUGGUGAUGCGACCUUUUCAUUUAAGUUGCUAAUGUCAUUUGAUUUUGCAUUCAUCUUGCAUAUAAUGAAGAAUGUUAUGGGAAUUAAUGAUGUGCUUUGCCAAGCUUUGCAACAGAAAUCUCAAGACAUUUUAAAUGCUAUGUAUUUUGGUGACUACCACAAAGACUUUAAUUAA